UUUGAAACAUAUGUUUUAUUGCACUGCAUGUUAAAAUUUAAUCUCUUUGGAUAAAACACACAACUUUGGAUAAGACACGUUUCUCGAUUGCAUAUAAAUUUAUUAUUCACAUAUAAAUUUAUUAUUCACAUUUGUUAUUUCCUUAAAAUCGUCACACAUAGUUCUUCAGGGCGUCCAUUAAAAUCGAUUCUCGAGUUUUCGGGAAAAAAAGAAAGGAUCCUAUGCUCGACUUUGACAUUCAGCUACCGCGAAAUCUCCUUCGUUAUCAGCGUCACGUUACGCUACCCCCUCCCCUGUUAUCCCCCUCCCCUCCUAGCGUUCUCUCAGACAGUCGCAUUACACUCCACCGCCAAAGCACCGCGUCCCUCUCACUCGCUCUCCCGAGGGAUGCUGUAGUCGCCUUGGUGGGGACCCCAAUGCGAUAGGGGUGGCUCCGCCCGUGAACCAACCAGAAAUCCCGCUGGAAGCGACCCGCCACACCCCGUGAAUCGUCCCAGGGAUCCCGAGAGAACCCUCGUCGUGCCAUCCUCUUCUCAACAGAUUUUGGAUCCUCUAGUCCGCCAAGGGCCAGCUGACACGGAGCAGCGCUCUUCCCGUUGUCCGCUUCUUCCUUCAGUCGCCCGUCUGGAAAGGUUCGUGUUAAUGCGAGCUACCCCCCGCGUCUACCUGACCCCUUGAAAGGGUCGGUGGUUCGAGUUGGAGCGGCGUUCUCGACUGAUCGAUCGGACGAUCAUGAAGACGUUCGGUCGAGCAAGUUCCGGUCCACCGACGUCGUCGUCCAUCGUUCUCGUGAUGUUGACGUGAUCUCGUACGAGGAGACUCUUGUGAUGCCGGUGUGUCGGGAGUGAUCCGAAUCCUCGUCCGGUUCAGAAUCGUUUUGAGGGAUCCGAGAUUCUGGAUUUGAGGCAGGUCAACGAUGAACGGUCUCGAUCUGUCCCGGUCCGUCGUGGAUUGCAAGAUGAACAACGGAAGCAGUGACGAAGGCGAGUCGACAUCAGGGGUGACAGGCGGGGGUGGCAGCGGCGAGAACGCGGAAAUGGAGGAAAACGGAUCGACUCGCACGAGCAGCAACAGCAGCAGCAACCUACCUGUUUACAGGGAUCUGAAACCACUGCAGGCCGGAGGCGCACAUGAAAUCCCGCAGGAUUAUAAUCCGCAAUCGAGGACCGCGUAUCAGCAACACGGAUACUCGCCAGGGAUGGAUCGACAGCGGAACUACGAGAAGGAGCAUCAACCGUCGCCGUCUUCCAGGGAGGAAGACAGAAAGUUGUCCUGGGACUACAGCGAGAAGACCACGCGGAAGGAAUACUCAAGGUCACGGGAUUACGGCAACGAAUACCAGGAUACGAUAAAGCAGGAGCCUAAGGAUCAAUCGAGUCGCGAAUGGGUGUCACCUGUGCCGGAGGUCGAGGUCGGCGGUUCGGCAGCCGGAGGUCCGUACGUUCGCGCACGCAAAGACAUCCCUCGUGGCGCGAGAUUCGGCCCGUUUCUCGGCAAAUGGGCGAGCGAACCUUUCAACCCCCGUUACGCGUGGGAGGUUCGCGUAGCGGGCAGUGGAGUGAGAGGGUGGUUGGACGCGUCCCACGAGACAAAUAACUGGCUGAAAUACAUUCGAAGUACUACUAGCCCGCACGCGGUAAACAUGCGACAUGUACUCAUUGGUGGUCAGAUGGUGUACGAAGCUAUCCGCGACAUCGUAACGGGUGAAGAGCUUCUUCUGGGUCUUCGGGAGCCGUUGCAACUGCAGGACAUGUUGGGUGAAAAUACGACCGAGGACAGAAGUGAUCGAGAGACUGCUUCGCAGCACAGCGGUACCGUCGAUGAGGACAAGGAAGACGAAGAGGAAGGAGAAACGAGAUGCACCGUCUGCGACAAGCCGUUUCAGGAUAUUGAACUGUUGGACAGCCACUUGGUGACCUGUCACAGAUACCCAGCGGAGCAACACCGCUGCGAGAGCUGUCCCCGUGCCUACGCUUGGCGGCCCCUUCUGGUGCGACAUCGCGCAAUCGUUCACGGCGACCUGCGAAACUAUCCGUGCGAGAACUGUCCGAAGUCGAACAUCCGGCAGGUCUUCACGGACCCGUCAAACCUUCAACGUCAUAUCAGAACGCAUCACGUGGGCGCCAGGAGCCACGCUUGCACCGAGUGCGGCAAAACCUUCGCCACCAGUUCCGGUCUGAAGCAACAUACCCACAUCCACAGCAGCGUAAAGCCGUUCCAGUGCGAAGUCUGUUUUAAGGCAUACACGCAGUUCUCCAACUUAUGCCGGCACAAGCGCAUGCACGCCGACUGUCGCAUGCAGAUCAAAUGCAUUAAAUGCGGACAAUCAUUUAGCACAGUAACGUCAUUAUCGAAACACAAGCGAUUUUGCGACUCGACCACUCCGACCGGUCCGCCAGGAACCAUGCCUCAGUUACCGACGCCAGCGACAAACCCCUUUCUGGUGUAUCCACGGCCUCCUGUCAGUCUACCGGGCGGUUUACCUUUCUACCCGUCCAGUCUGAUGGGUCCCUAUCCGGGGAUCUUCCCGAACGCGCCGAAUUUCUUGAAUACGCCUCUACUUUUUCCUCCAAAAAUCGAGGAAGCCGAGAAGAGUGAUAGUCCCAAGAAGGAACGUUUCACCCCUCCAAGAGUGCUUCCGCAACACAACAAAGUCUCUCCUUCCACAGCGGAGGAGGCUACGUCCACUUUCAGGCCGUCUCCGGCCAGACCUCCGGUGCAACCGACUCCGGAAAGUGACGAUGAUCACUCGAAGCGACGAGAGGCGAUCAGAAGCAGCGAGCGGAAGAUGGAAGCCGAGAGCAGCUCAAACGCCUCGAAGCAGGAGACGGCUGAGCAACCGUUAGAUUUGAGGGUGCAAACUAGGAAGCAGGACGCCAAAGCCGUGAGCAGGAAGAGUCGCACCCCAUCGCCUGUGUCGAUCUCGAUGGAAGAGACUCCCGCGCCCCCCGACCUUCCGAAACCUGAAGAGGAGGUUGCUCCGCCGCCGAUGGAGCUCGAGUCCAAGGAUGUCCCGAGCAGUCCGCAGCUGCGAUCCAGCUUGCCAGCCGAGAGACCGGCCACCAACACACCUCCGCACAUGGCUUAUCCCCGGCCGAUACAUCCGAUAUUCCUCGAGACAAUGUAUCGCGGUCCAGCAACCUUUCCAGGGUUUCCUGGCGCACCGCCACCUCCCGGCGCCACCCCGGAAUCCAGACUGAUACCGCCGCUCCCACCGUUCGGUCCACCGCGCGGACUUCCUUUUUUAGGUUCGCUUAUGAAUGGGCUCAGUGGCGCUAGGCCGGGAGGAGGGUUCGAUCUUCUUGGUCGGCCGCCGCUGAGCGCGUUCCCUGGUGUGAAGCCGUUCCAGGAGGCCGUGAUGGCGCCCCAUCAUCACCAUCAUCACCAUCAUCAUCAUGUCCACGGCAAGAUGAAGGACCGAUAUUCCUGUAAAUUCUGCGGCAAGGUGUUCCCCCGCUCGGCCAAUCUGACGAGACACCUGAGAACACACACCGGCGAGCAGCCGUACAAGUGUAAGUACUGCGAGAGGUCUUUCAGUAUCUCGAGCAACCUGCAGAGACACGUGAGGAAUAUUCACGAUAAGCAGCGGCCGUUCAAGUGUCCGCUCUGCGAAAGGUGCUUCGGCCAGCAGACCAAUCUGGAUCGACAUCUGAAGAAACACGAGGCCGAUGACGGCAGCGGGGUGGUCUCGGUCGCCGACUCGCCCGGCAGCAGCAACGAGAACGAGCGAGAAGACAGCUACUUCGAAGAGAUCAGAUCCUUCAUGGGCAAGGUCGGCUACGGCGGUGAAAGCGGCUACGGACUGCCCCAUCACCCGGCCUACAUUCCCAAUCGCCUGCACGAGAUGAACGAGACCAAGAUGGAGGUUGAAUACGACGAGGACGAGGACAGCGAGGAGGGCGCGUCUCCUCUGGAAGAGGCAGACGGACUGUCGCCGAUGGAGGCGAAAGAAUCGCCGUCGCCGUCUCAGUACGACCUGAAGCUGAGGGAAAAGCAGGAACUGCUCAAUAACAAUACCGCGGAGCCGGUGAUCGAGAUCUCGACAUAGCCCAGAGGUCGGUCUGGCUGAUCCGCGAUCGCGUCGAGCUACAAGAGAAAGAGAAGGACUUGUCUUCACUAACGUACAAAAUUGUCGGGGGCACGAUCGUCUCUCAGGACUCUCAAUCUCGACGAGGUUACCUUGGGGAUGACGCCAACGCGGGAUUGCUCAGCUCAGAACGAUUCGUACGCUACACUUCGAUCUUGCAGAAUAUCAACCCUUCGCUUCUGCAGGGCGAUUCUCGAGUAUAAUCUACACAGUGGGUUGUUCUACACAAUGAUCGCAUGAUGGUACCAUAAACCCACGGAAGACAGUCUGUAGUAAUAAUUACCCGUCGAAAUGUUCGUUCCGGAUGUUUUCGAGAACGAUAGUCGGAAAGGUUUCCCUGAGGCUUAUACUUGUAAAAUAGGUGCUCUGUGAAAACUGCAAGUGACUCGGCGAGCGUAGCGAAGUCCCCGAAGAUGUCAGACCCCUGUUACGGAAUCCUUUUUUACACUCUCCACGUUUGUUUGCACUAAGGAAGCGUCUUGUAAAGGAGAACGAUUGGACCAGUUAGUUCCACUUUCACGUUAUGCAUAACGGAAGCUCUUCUAUAAUCUAGUUCUAUAGUUUCUAUACAGACUCGUUAUGAAUGUACACGCGUACGUAAUUAAAUAUCAUCUCCCCUGUCCCGCCAUUCCGCUCCUUUUUGCUCUUAGCAUCGAUAUAGGAAAUGCGGUACUCUGUAAUAUUAUUUAUUGCUACUCUAUUAACGAGGCGUUAAUUUAUCGUUAUUAUCACAUCGUCGUUCAGCAAACGUGCGUCCCAGCAAACUGAACGAAAUUUUGUAAACUGUUAAACGGCUCGCGCGGAUGUAUCCAUCUCGAUCGAUGAUCCAAUCACUGACGUUCGUAGAUCUUAGAUAUAUCUACGUGUGCGCUAUUCUCGACUGGUUUGUUCGUUCGAGCGACAGUGUCGGUUGCACCACACCCGAAAAGCGGAGCGCUCUUCGAAAGUCAGAAGUUAAAUUGUUGUAAAAUUCCUACUGUAGGAUGAUUGUAAUUGCUACAGUCAACUCGAAUCGUGAACAUGUCCGAGAUAUCGUUAGAUUUUGUUAGAACGUAGUUGAAUAAAAAUGGUUAUACUGCAGAAUAUUGCGAAGGAAUCGCGCGACAGUAAGAAAACGAUCCAUUCGCUGGAUUUCGAGAUUUAGAGAAUUAGUACGCAUGAAAUAGGAGAAAAGUUUUUGCAUCGCGUUCGUCUAUCAAAUCUGAUACACGCUAAUGCGCGAAGUUAAAGGGACAAAGAAAAGGAAGAAAUUAACGGAGACGCGCGUAAAUUGCCCGUUACGCGAGCGUAACUGAAUGUGUAUAAUUAAACAAUUAGAGAGCAACGCAAAAUCUUACGAAAAACUGUACAAAUUUCCAUUAGGUGAUAUAUAAUAUUUGUAAAGAAAUACGAAAGAGGAAAAAAGUUUCUGCGAUUUUUAUUAAUAUAUAUAUAUAUAUAUAUAUAAAUAUAUAUAUAAAUAUAAAUAUAUAAAUACGAGAUUCUAUAAGGGUUUCUCUCGUAGUAGGCAGAACGAAAAGUCAUGUAAGCGGACAACGAAACGUUCCUCGCGUUUCCGUUACUCGAUAAGAAUAUUAAGAUAUGUGUCUCUCGACGUGUCAUCGACGUGUCGUAGAAACGAAUAAUGAUGCGAAAUAAGCACAGCAUACGCGUAUACAUGUGUACCAAGUACGCUCGCAAUUAAAUAAAAAUAAAAUCGAAAGAAAGAAUAUAUCGUUCGUUUCAUGAUCACCGAGUCGAGGCUUCAAUUGUUUUUUCACGUCAAGAUUUUAUGAAUACACAUUCAAUAUAUCUCUCUAUCCUCUUUUUCUCUCGCUCUGUCUUUCUCUCUCUCUCUCUCAUACACUUUCUCUCUCUCUCCCCCCCCCCUCUCUCUCCUCUACUUCUCUUUUUCAUUAUAGACGAUAAUUAAACGAAAUGAAUAAGCGUAAAUAUAUUGAACGAAUUACAUAAGGAAAACUAUAUUAUGACGCUGUCUAUCUAUACAUAUUGUAUAAAAGCAUUCUGUAUAACUUCAUUAUAAUUACUAUUAAAAUAUUACACUUCAAG